AUGGAUAGUCUGUAUCGUUUGACUUGUGGACCAAUAAACAACGCACGUGAUACAACAAUAGAUGAGACUAUUAUCAUACUGCAACAGCCGUACAAAGAAAUCAGAGACGAUGGAGUUCGAUAUCUCUCGGAUAUCUUGAGAAACAAUAUUACACUCAUUACAUUGGACGUUGGUACAAAUAAAAUUGGACCCAAAGGAGCACAAUAUUUGGCUGAUGCCUUAUUCCAGAAUACGACACUUACCAUUCUGAAUAUUUCUUCAAACAAAAUAGAAGCUGACGGGGCACAAAAUAUCGCUGUUGCGUUACGAAGCAACACGACACUCACCAAACUGAAUAUUAGCAACAACAUUAUUGGGGACAUAGGGACACAACAUCUCGCGGAUGCCUUACGAAACAAUAACACACUUGCCAUACUUGAUCUUUGGAACUGCCGCAUUCGAGACGAUGGGGCACAGUAUCUCGCUGAUGCGUUAAGAAAUAACACGACACUCAAAGUACUAGAUCUUACUUUGAAUUAUAUCACUAGCAAUGGUGCAAUACAUUUCGAUGCUGUAUUGCGAAGCAAUAAGACACUAAUCAAGCUGGAUAUGAGCAAUAAUCAAAUCAGCUGGCUUCGAAAGCAUAUACUAUGGAAAGAUAGCCGAAUUCUUUUUUAA